GGCUCCAUCAGGCGAAGCCCAGGCUAGGACUGGGUGACGAGGUCCCAACGGGCUGUAGCACGGACUGCGGGGCUGGGCGGCGGCAGCAGCUUCUGGGGCUCCAGCUGUCUCCAAGGGGCGCGACCUCGAGACCGAAGUCCCGGCCAGGCCCUGGUCCAGGAGCCCGCUUGCGCAGGCCCCAAUGCCAGGACCCAGUCUCUUGCCGCUGGCCUCCCUGGCCCUGCUCUCUACAGCCUUGCUGCUCACGGCCACCUGGACCGACUGCUGGGUGGUUAACUCCGACGAUAGUCUGGAGGUGAGCCACAAGUGCCAGGGGUUGUGGCGGGCGUGUGUCACCAACCUACUGGAUGGUAUCCGGACCUGUGACCAGUACGAUUCCAUCCUGGCCACACAUCCACGGCGGCGAGUGCUGACCAGGUCUCUCUUGCUCGUGGCUGGGCUGCUGUGUAGCUGUGGGUUGGUGGCCCUGCUGCUCACUCUGACCCAGGCCCAGUUCCUGGGGAGUGACCCCAGGACAAGGAUUCGGCUGGCCUGGGCAGCAGGCUGCCUCCUAGGUGCCGGAGGAUUCCCUGGAGCACUGGGCUCACUCUGGUUUGCUGUGGAGGUGGCUUUGGAGCGAACCCUACCUACUCAGCCUCGAGGACCCCUUACUGGCUACUAUGAGUGGGGCUGGUCAUGCUGGUUAGGCAUUGUGGGGUCUGCAGGCUGCAUGGCCACUGCUUCGAGCCUGGCCUGCUGUCUUCCAGGCCUCUGGCUCCCAGGCAGGAGGAGCCCUGGGCACCAAAUUAGAAGCCGGCUGCACCCACAGGGCAUAUAUAUCCUGGACUCCAGUGUCUAAGGCCAUAGCUGCUUCAAGUCCAUCAGCAUUGCCACAGUUUAGUCUCAGAGUCUUAGAGCUACCAUGGGUCAUCAGGACUCAUCCUAACAUACAGUUUGGCGUUUGAAAGUUUUAAUAAUAGCUUUUACUGGUAUCCCACAUUCAUUUCCCAACACAUUUCUUCCAUGCUCUCCCACCCAGCAAGAUUUCCCUCAUCACAAAUAUUUUUUUUAGAAACACACCCACUCAGCAGAACCAACCAAAGCAUCAACCUUGUCUAGCAUCAUAUGCAAUUUGGCAAGCAUUUAUUAAGUGCCUACUAUAUGCUAGGCCCCGCACUCAGCCCUGGGAAUACAAAGAAAGGCAAAAAUAGUCCCUGUUCUCAAGGAGCUCACAGACUAAUGGGGAAGAAAACAUGCAAACUACUACACAGAAAGAAGGUAUAGUCAGGACAAAUUAGAAAUAAUGUGUGGGGGGAGGAAGUCACAUAUUUCACCCC